UCUUACAGAAGAUAUAUAUAGUUUGUUGUUGAUUGAAUUAAUUAGAGCAUCUUGGAAUAUGAAUAUUAUAGGGGUAGUGGUAAUGGUUUUGGGUUUGUGGAGUGGGGUUGGAGGUGCACAACAAGCACCUUGCUACUUUAUUUUUGGAGACUCUUUGGCUGAUAGUGGGAACAGCAACCAGCUUUGGUCAUUGGUAAAAGCCAAUUACCUCCCUUAUGGGAUUGACUUCCCCUUUGGCCCAACUGGAAGGUUUUCCAAUGGCAAAACCAUCAGUGAUGUACUCGCUGAGCUUUUGAGGGUGAACGGUUACGUACGUCCCUAUGCAAGAGCUACAUUCCGAGACUUAUUUAACGGACUCAAUUACGCUUCUGCAGCUGCCGGAAUUAGACAGGAAACAGGACAACACCUGGGAGGGCGAAUGAGUUUUAGAGAGCAAGUGCAAAAUUACCUAAGGACGGUGUCCCUAAUGCUAAAUUUCCUGGGGGAUGAGAGAAGAACAUUAGAUUACCUAAGCAAGUGCAUUUAUUCAAUUGAUUUGGGUAGCAAUGAUUACCUUAACAACUAUUUCAUGUCUCAACUCUAUUCCAGUAGCAGGCAAUUCACACCAGAACAGUACGCUAAUGUUCUCACCCAAGAAUAUGCUCAACAACUCAGGAUAAUGUACAACUACGGGGCAAGGAAAAUUGCGUUAUUUGGGCUUGGUCCAAUAGGAUGCAGCCCAAUUGCAUUGGCCCAAAACAGCCCAGAUGGUAGAACGUGCGUGGCGAGAAUCAAUUCCGCAACCCAAUUAUUCAACAAUGGAUUGAGAUCUCUUGUUGAUCAACUCAACAACCAGCUAUCGGGUGCAAGAUUCAUCUACAUAAACGUUAGUGGCAUCGUUCAAGACAUCAUAAGAAACCCAUCAUCCUUUGGUAUUAGAGUGACAAAUGAAGGGUGUUGUAGCGUAGGAAGGAACAAUGGUGAAGUAACGUGUUUACCUCUGCAACCCCCAUGUUGGAACAGGAAUGAGUUUCUGUUUUGGGAUGCAUUUCAUCUAACUGAGGCUGCCAAUAGUGUUAUUGGUAGGAGAGCUUACAAUGCUCAAUCUGAAUCGGAUGCUUACCCCAUUGAUAUCAAUCGCUUAGCUCAAAUUUAACAUAGCCAUAGGGUUGCUCUAUCAAUGCCAAUAAGCUUUAGUAGCUAGUGGUAAUAAGUUGUGCAACAGUAACUCAUUGUAAUGUCAAUUUUAGGACCAGAAAAUUAUACAUAUAUUUUUUGGAAGUCAUUUUGAAAAAUUACAUGAAAAAUUAUACAUUCGACAGAUGUUUGGGAACUUAAGAGAGAUAAU